GGCAAAGCCUCCAAGCCCGACAGCACCUCUCUUGGGAAAAAACCGGUAGAAAGCUUGAAAUUUCUCCUUCUUUCUUGCUCAAUAACAAGUUUUAGGACUUAGAACUCCCUCUCUCAACCCAGAAAUUUCAGAUCUGCUGCUGCCUUCUCCUUCCUUUUGCUGCCGGUUGCUGCUGUGGGUGGUGGGUUCGGUUUUCUAGUAAGGAACACAACAUGAACUUCAUCUUUUCAACCUUAAUUUCGCUUGGGUUCACUCUAAGCUCUUUUAAUUUCCUUCAAUUUUUGGUAGUUCGUGAGUCCUCUGCACUGCCGCCGGCCUUCCCCCAACUGCAGCUUCGGUUUUUGCUGCUAAAUUCUGGAUGGAUGGAUCCGCGUGUUUCUCUUCUUCUUCUUCUCCCCUGCAGCCGGCCAAGCCCCCAAGCCUGACAGCACCUCUCUUGGGAAAAAACCGAAAUUUCAGAUCUGCUGCUGCCUUCUCCUUCCUUUUGCAGCCGCUUGCUGCUGUGGGUGGUGGGUUCGGUUUUCUGUUCGUGAGUCCCCUGCACUACCGCCGGCCUUCCCCCAACUGCAGCUUCGGUUUUUGCUGCUAAAUUCUGGUAAGUGGCAGCUCCAUUUAAGUCCUAAAUUAGCCAUUUAAUUGUUGCCAUGUUGAGUUUUAACGGUUGAAUUGCUGCCCUAUUGUUGUCCGAAAUUUCUGUUGGGAAUAGGAGGGGAUUCGGCAGCAAAUGGGACCAUGAUUUUGCUUAAUUCAUGUAGAAGUUAGUUUAAGUAGGCUGUUGUGAUGUUUUGG